AUGGAUGCCGGCUGGGUGAAGACGUUUGAUGAAUAUUAUUAUGGAACGAAGACUUCAAUAAGCACGGCGAAUGUACAGCUAAUAUACCAUUCUGUACUUUCGGAACUGCUGCACGAUAAGAGGAGAAAGUUCACCUUCUCAGAGACAGCCUACUUCUGGCGCUGGUGGAAGGAACAGCGGCCCACCACUAGGGCUACCUUCAGGACCCUGGUACAAGAAGGUCGAGUGGAAUUUGCUGGAGGAGGCUGGGUGCAUAAUGAUGAAGCUACUCCUGAUUAUCUUCACAUAAUUGACCAGUAUACUUGGGGUUUGAGAAAACUGAACGAUACUCUUGGACCGUGUGGCAAACCGAAGGCUGCCUGGCAGAUAGACACGUACGGGCAUACAAGGGAACAGGUGUCCUUGUUAGCACAGAUGGGGUAUGAUGGACUGUUCAUAGGUCGAGUAGACCACAAGCAAAGAGAAGCUAUGAUUGAAGAGGAUAGAAUGGAAUUCAUGUGGCGAGGGUCUGAUGUACUGGGUAAAAUGUCAGAUAUAAUGACUCAUACGCUGUUCAACCUCUAUAAUGCUCCUGAUGGAUUCUGCUUCGAUUUCCUUUGCAAUGACGAACCAAUCAUCGAUGAUCCGGACAAUAAAGUGUACAAUGCUGAUAAAAGGGUAAACGAUUUCAUAUCUCAGAUAGAAAGACAAGCGAAAUAUUACGAUCACGACAAUAUCAUGGUGACGAUGGGAGGAGACUUCACAUAUCAGAGUGCAGCCAACUGGUUCAUGAAUAUGGACAAACUCAUCAACCAUGUCAACACGCACCCAGCAAAUUUGUCAGACAUUAAUAUAUUCUACUCGACGCCAUCUUGUUAUCUGAAAGCUAUUUAUUUGUAUGGGAGGAGGGAUAAAGCUGUUUAUACUGAAAAAGAUGACCAACUGCCAUACGGCAGUGACUCCAUGACGUACUGGACUGGUUAUUACACGUCUAGACCAAGUCUCAAAUUCUUUGCUAGAAGGGCACAUGUGUUUUUGCAAGUAGUAAAACAACUGACAGUCAUCGCUCGUUUAGGAGAUUCAUAUGAAUUGCAUCUGCUAAGGCAUGCUGUGAGCCUAGUACUACAUCAUGAUGCGAUUACAGGGACAAGCCAGCAGCAUGUGACAUCUGAUUUCGUCAGGAUUCUAAGUGAGGCCAUCGAUGCAUGCACUAAGAAAGUUUCGAAUCUGCUCAGGUAA